GACCUCUUCUAUUGGGCUCGGUUAUGGGCUGACACCUUGGGCUUUGGCCUGUCUGAAGACACCAAAGCCUGCCACUACAUAUACCAGAGAAUAGGGACGCAUACAGACAGGCUUGGAACGGACGGCUUCGGCCUCCUCUGCUUUGGCUUUCUCCUUCCUCUCUAGUUCAUCUCUCCUCUGUAAUAGCUUGAACCUGGAGAAUCCAUGGCUGUAAACCUACUUGUUGAGUAAUUGAUCUGUGAGAAGAGCGUGGUGUUAACAAUCUGGUAUCAGAGCCAACGAUUUUGAGCCCAAAUCUUCCCAAAUUCCACCUCAAUUUUUCUCCCCACCACCGCCAUUACUUUGGCCCGAGCUAUGACGACGGCGUUGAGCAACUUCGCAUCGGCGAGCCCACACGACUGUGUCCGGAAGUGGGCUGAGGACGAAGCACUCGCUCCCGAUCUCGCGGGCUUCAUCAACCCCAGGCGCGACCCUGCAGUGGUGUCGCCGGCUUCAUCGACGGCGCGCUCGACCGCAUCUCAGGGCGUCUUGAGAAGCGCCGCCCCCACCACCGACCCCAGCUUCAAGCGCGACACCCCCGUGGAUGACCUGAGCCCAGGGGCACGGUGUCUCGACGACCUCAUCGUCGGCAGCUCCGCAUCACCAACCUCGGCCGCGUCCCACGUGUUCCGAGCAGUGGCGUCCGUGCUGGUGACUUCCACGAGCGAGCGCCGGCUACUUCAACCGCGACCCGCGCUCUGGAGAUCUUACGUGCCAUGUCCACAACGGCCGUCUCCAAUUCCAGUACUGGCGGUUCUACCUCCACGGCAAAUUCCGACAGCGCCUACAAGCUGUUCGACAGAGUGCCGCAUCGCCCCAAGUGGUCGUCAGAUCAUACUCUGAGCAUAGUGGUAUGCCGUGCACUCUACCCAGUUAAUGAGGAUAUGCUACGGCCAAUACUUGCUCCAUAUGGUGUGCAACAGCUGGUUGUGAAUCCGAGGGUCACCAAGAGGAACGGGUCUCACUAUGUGAAGGCCAUUGUGGAGUUGAGAUCAAGGGAUGAUGCGGCCGAGGCUCGUGUAUCCUUGCAGGGCAAAUGCCUCUUUGACGGGUGUUGCUACCUCGACGUUAAGUUUGCUUUACCAUACGAGUUGGCGUCCAUGGCGACAUCAACAGGAGCCACAUCUAUCACCGCCUCGACUGCUUGUGUGAUACACGAUGGCGUCUCCCACAUCGAGAUGCCAGCAGGUGACAGUUUCCUACCACCGACAAAUUCAGUAGCUGUACCUAGCACCACCUUCUCAUUGGUGUAUCCCUGCACCGAAACCGUGGCGGCAUCCUUUGCGCCGUAUGUCCUUCACCAGUGCUGCAGUGAGCUAUGUGGUCACCAUCCCUGUACCGAGGCCUCUGAGGCGAACAAGUCAGAAAUGGGGUUGAGCUCAAUGCAGGCUGCUGCCGUAUCUGCCACAACGAAGGUGUCGAUGAUGCCAAAUGACAUGUCCCUCCAGACCGCACAUGACUUCGCUAUUUUUGGCACUGAUCAGGCCAGCGUCUCGGCAUGUGGUGCAACCCUCGACGCCAAUGACACCUCUGCUAACAAGGUGUUCCUGGACACUGAGCACAUGUUCCCUACCACUCCAAUGUCCUCUGAGCUAUCAACCUUCCAGCCGCUGGAAUUUUAUGAUUGCAGACGUGGUGCAUUUGUGCAAUGGUCACCUCCUCUAGGUAUGUGUGUGAACCUGCCAAUGGAUUUAUUGGAGCAGGACAUUCAGUUGCAGUAUAUAGGAAGAAAACAGUGGCUAAUUGAAGAAAUUUCAGUGGAAGUCAGCAGUAUCAAGGAAGGUGGAGUGUUUGGUUUCUUGGAAAAAAUUAUCGAAGAGGAAAAGAAGCUCAUCAAGAAUGCAACAGCUAAUCAUGCUACGUGUUGUGCAGAACUUGAACCAAUAAAUCAUCUUUGGACAAUGAUGCUCAAUGAUCUGAAUGAAGGUUUUUCCCUUGAGCACUUAUGGGACCCAAGUGGCUUAAUCUUGUCAAGUUGGUAUUUACAGCAACUAGAAGCAAUUCUGAGCCACAAAAAUAGUUCUUCUGUUGAUAUAUCUGAGCAAGAAUCAAUAGCUUUUGCUAAUCUGCAGACCGCUCUUUAUUCACCAUGGUGCAUGGAAUGUGUGAAGUCUGACAUUGGAAAGACCCAGACGUGUUGGCUACAAUUGCAACCGAAGCCUCCAUGGUCACAUCUGACUACAGUCAGUUUCACUAGCGAGUUUGGGAGCAAUGUGUCGGCUGUUUCUGAACCUUUACUCGUCAUUGGCAUUACGUUUAAGUUGAAUCUGAAUAAUAUUGCUACAUGGUACAUAUUCUGUGCAAGGGCUGGCUCCUGUUCAACAUUGAGAAAUGCUAAGCAACUUCUGAGCGUAGAUACCAGCAGCCGAAAUUUGCCAAACAGUACCAAACUACAGAAUCCUUCUUGCUGGAAUGGGUGGAGUUUCAUUUUGCUGCUAAUCUGUUGGACCCCUUUUCUCUUUAUACAAUGGUUCGGGGGACUAACUGGUGCAGUACAAGGAUAUACCAGCUCUAGUACUUGUACAUCACUUGCCUUUCAAGAGUGUUAUGCUAGUAGCAGCAAGUCUGGCCAGUCAAUCCUUUCAAAAGCAGUGCGAUCUGCAGGUUAUCUUGAGACGAGAAGGUCAGUUUUGCCACCAUUCUCAUGGGAUCCUGGCGUACGAACACUUAUCAAGAUCGACCACGGGAGAUGCCAACAAAUCCAAUUUGAGGACGGGAGAAAUUCCAAAACUACAUAUCAAGGUAUCGUCCAAGUCCACAUUGCCCGCAGCUACUACCUCAACUAUGCUUGCUACUUCGACAGUCUCCGUGCUGACUACUACUGUGACACCUUCCUCGACUACUUCGGCUGCUUCCUUAUAUCUUCAACCUCGCUCAAGCUCCCGUCAACAAGGGCUACAACAGUAACCAUGAACGGCAACUACAAUGGGAUCCUGGCGGUUUUGCAUGGCAUCGGCUUGGGGUCAAGCCGAAUCUUAAGGAAGGGGGGAUUGUUAGCGACCUCUUCUAUUGGGCUCGGUUAUGGGCUGACACCUUGGGCUUUGGCCUGUCUGAAGACACCAAAGCCUGCCACUACAUAUACCAGAGAAUAGGGACGCAUACAGACAGGCUUGGAACGGACGGCUUCGGCCUCCUCUGCUUUGGCUUUCUCCUUCCUCUCUAGUUCAUCUCUCCUCUGUAAUAGCUUGAACCUGGAGAAUCCAUGGCUGUAAACCUACUUGUUGAGUAAUUGAUCUGUGAGAAGAGCGUGGUG